AUGGAUACCUACAAAGACCUCUCGCCAUCAAACCGACCUGCAAAGUGGAUAUGGAACCUUUGGGUAUAUGGCCUCUGGUCCAUCGUCCUGGUCUGUACUGCGACGCUGGAUGUUCACACCAUAUACGACAUAUACCGUGUCCUACCUCUUGGUUUGGCUUGGGGCAUCCCCUGCGUACCAUUGUACACCACCUCGAAGGGCUGGAUUUUAAGCAAACCCAAGACUCUUCUAUUUGAGGCAAAGUCAUUGGUUGUGGCCUACUGUAUGGCGAGUGUUUGUUCUGAAGCCAGCAUGGCCUAUUACUGUCGACAAGAUGCGUUCCAAUAUACGGACAGGAAUACACGGGCGAGAAGCUUUUAUCUCGCCGUUUUGUACCAGUUCUUCCGUGAGACCUCUUGCGACAUCAGAGAUAUUCCGGAAGAUACCAAAGAAGGCCUAAAAACAUUGCCUGUCAAGCUAGGCAAGCAGAACACGGUGCUACUCUUGGCUACGGUUGGCGUUCUAGCCGAAUCAAUUCUCACGCACGGCAUCGAUAUAACAGCCACAGGAAUUAUCGUGAAAGCCCCGCUGAUUGCCCGUGCAUUCUUACGAGUUGGUUUGACGAUGGCGGCGUAUUGGCAAGUCUUAAGAUUCCCCAGGCAGAAUUCAUGGGCUUGGGGAUCUAUGUCACUGCUGGGGCUGACUCCGGUGCUUUUUGCACAGGCUGCCCUUCGUGACUGA